AGCACCACCGACUUCCCAAGAUGCUGGCACUAAUAAACCGGCUUUUAGACUGGUUCAAGUAUUUAUUUUGGAAGGAAGAGAUGGAGCUGACCCUGGUCGGCCUCCAGUAUUCGGGAAAAACGACGUUCGUCAACGUAAUUGCCUCUGACGAAACCCUAAUUGGAGUGAUGGGUGAUGAGAUGAAGAGGCUGCUGAGGAAGCUGAUGUCCAAAUUUGUGCAAAUGGAUGUGAUCAGGAAAGCUAAGGAUAUCCUAGAUGUUGAUUACAGGAACAAGGAGAACUGGCAUGACACAGGCAACAUAGCAGUAUCACAUGAUGCCAGACAAUACAUGGAGCAAGUUGAAGACUAUCUCUGAUGCCACCAAAAAGAGGUUCUUUGACAGUGUAGUUAAUUUUUACACAAGUGUUGUGACUAAAAUGAACUUGAAAAAAAAUGGUUGCAUUUUGUCUUAGCGAUUGUCACGCGCGCGCGCGCAUCAUCGGGGUUGGCAAACAGAAAUCUCCCUAUUUGGAAUUUCUACAACUUAACAGGUAUGCAAAAGAUGCUAAGCACCCAACGGUAAAUUACGGUGGUACCUCUACAUAUGAAUUUAAUUCAUUCCUGGACCUGGUUUGUAAGUCAAAAUGAUAAGACCGCGGUGAGAGGCCGUUAAACCAAGGCGAAAAAAAAAUAAUGGACUGAAAUACCUGCACAUGGUAGAGGAUUCCAAAAACCAGGGUGGCAGACAAAUGAA